AUGUAUGGCAAGGCUAUUCUUUCAAUGUCAGUCGGCAGGGCAUCGGCCCACUCUAUGGAGAGUAAGCUUGAUGCCAUUGCCGAUGCUGGAUUCGAAGCAAUCGAACUCUUCUUCGAAGACCUGGAAUUUUUGGCCAAGUCAUAUCCCGGGGGGUUCACCUAUGAGAACCAAGUGAAAGCAGCACAUGCAAUUCGAAAGCUUUGUGACGAUCGUGGAAUCCAGAUCCUAUCGUUACAGCCGUUUAUAUUCUACGAGGGCCUCCUUGAUCGUGCCGCCCACGAAACACACAUUGCCAAACUGAAAGUGUGGUUCGAGCUGCUCAAGAUACUGGGGGCUGAUCUCAUUCAAAUCCCUACCAACUUUCUGCCUUCCGGUAUCACAGGAGAUCGCGAUAUCAUAGUGCAGGAUCUGGUUGAGGUAGCGGAUCUAGGCUUGCAGCAGGAACCGGCCGUACGCUUUGUGUAUGAAGGCAUGGCGUGGGGUACAUUCAUCGACACAUGGGAAGAGGUCUGGGACAUCGUGCAACGGGUAGACCGGCCGAAUUUUGGUAUCUUGCUAGACACCUUUCAAAUUCCCGCUAGGGAGUGGGCGGACCCCUCUGCAGCCGACGGAAGAUUGGAGGGUGGAGAAGAGCGCCUCAACGCCUCCUUGGAUCGGCUAGUUGCUACAGUGGACCUGAGUAAAGUCUUCUAUAUCCAAAUAGGAGAUGCCGAGCUUCCCAGCACCCCAGUCACGGAAGAACACGAGUGGCAUCUUCCUGGCCAACCGGCGCGGAUGAGCUGGGCACGCAAUGCUCGAACAUUCAACGACGACGCUGAUAUCCCCGGUUACCUUCCAAUCACUCAAUGUGUGGAUGCAUUCAUUAACCGUCUCGGAUUCAAGGGGUGGGUAUCUUGUGAAGUCUUUUCGCGCUUUCUCGCCGAACCAGACCCAUCUGUGCCGCAAAGAUUUGCCAAGCGGGCAUCCGACGGGUGGCAUAAGCUGUUCGACAACGAUGUAAUGGUAGAGGUUAAGACCAACAAGGGUGGGAGUGUAUCCAUUUGA